AUGAGAAGAAAUGUGGGAUAUUUCGUUGUUAUUAUACACUCAGUGGUUCUCGCCUCACUCCACAAAGACCCUGGCGUGGUAUACGUUGGUAAAUAUGGAAAUUAUACCUGGCCUCGUCAUGAUUUACAGGCCGAAAUUCCAGGUGAUAUAAUACUUGGAGCUUUACACAUGGUCCACGAAAGGAGCGAUAAUAAAAUAUGUGGUCCUAUCAUGCCACAAGGUGGCAUUCAAGCUCUGGAAUGUAUGAUGUACACGUUAGAUAGGAUUAACGAAGGAGAUUUUCUACCAGGAUUUAGUAUAGGUGUAUUAUCUAAAGACGACUGCGAUAGGGAUAUAUAUGGACUAGAACAAGCUGUCGACUUUAUAAGAGGUUCCGUAGCAAAUGUUGGCGGAUCAGAAGUUUAUAAGUGUGACGACGAGUCUGAUCCAAUCGUACAACUACCUGUGAUUCCUGGUGUUAUUGGAGCGCCAUCAAGUGUUACUUCAAUACAAGUAGCUACACUCCUUAAGCUAUUUGAAAUUCCACAGAUUAGUUUCUUUUCUACAAGUUCAGUGCUUAGCAGCAGAGAUCGGUAUCCAUAUUUUCUGCGGACCAUUCCAUCAGACGUCAAUCAAGCUCAAGCUAUGGUAGAAAUCGUUCGGAUGUUAAACUGGACCUAUGUUUCGGUUGUUUACGAAGAAUCUAGUUACGGAAUACAGGGAUUUAACGAGCUUGAAAAACUACUGAAGGAAGCUAAUAUUUGUAUAGCUACAACUGAAAAGUUAACAAAAGACUCUGGCGUAGCAGGUCAAGACACGUAUGAUGAUAUUGUUGACAAACUGAAAUUGAAACCAAAUGCCAGAGGUGUUAUAAUUUUUGGAUCUGACCAAGAAGUAGGUGAAUUGAUGGAAGCAGUUAAAAGAAGAAAUUCAACAGGGAUGUUUACCUGGAUAGGUAGCGAUGGUUGGGGAGGACGUGGUCUUGCUUAUCAUGGAAAGGAGGAACAGGUUGAAGGUGCUAUUACAACACAACCAUUAGCAUACGAAGUAAAAGGAUUUAAGAAUUAUUUCUUAAAGUUAAAACCUGGAAGCAAUCAUAGGAAUCCUUGGUUUAUUGAAUACUGGGAACAACACUUCAAAUGCAAAUAUCCUGGUAGUCCAUGGACACCUUAUAACGAGAACUUUAUGAAGGACUGUACAGGCAAUGAAUCGUUUAAUCUAGACACAUUUGACAUGGAAGCUCAAUUACAAUUUGUCAGCGAUGCUGUUAUGGCGUUUGCACAUGCAAUUAAGAAUAUGCACCAAACACUCUGUCCAAAUACCAAUGGAAUAUGCGAUGCUAUGAACCCAAUAGAUGGUGAACAACUGAAAAAGUUUCUUUUAGAGGUACAAUUUAAAGGUUUGUCCGGUGAUGACUUUCAGUUUCUGCCUAAUGGAGAUGGUCCAGCUCGAUACCGAAUCCUUAAUUUUCAUCAAAAAGACAAAGGUGUAUAUGAAUGGAGUACAGUUGGAUAUUUCAAAAAUGGAAAUCUCUCUGAGAUGCAAAACUUAACGUACAGACUUGACGAACCGAUGCAUCCACCGUCUGUUUGUAGUCAUCCAUGUGGACCAGGGGAAGCAACUCAACUUGUUGAAGGUGACUCCUGUUGUUGGACAUGUAUGAAAUGUCAUACUUAUCAAUACAUGCCAUCGAAAUCUGAAUGUGUCACGUGUCCUAUGGGUACAAUACCAAUUGCCGAUAAAUCUUAUUGUCAACCAAUUCCACAGAAAUUUCUUGACUAUGGUGAUGCUUUAAGUUUUUCUGCCAUGAUUGUUGCAACACUUGGAUUAGCAGCGACAUCUACCGCAAUGAUUACAUUCCUUAGAUACAGUGCUACACCUAUCGUAAAAGCAUCAGGGAGAGAGCUGAGUUUUGUUCUUUUGGUUGGAAUUUUUUUGUGUUAUUCGAUGACUUUUAUACUUGUUUCAAAACCAACGGAAGUUUCGUGUGGAGCUCAAAAAUUUGGAAUUGGACUAUGUUUUUCAAUUGUGUAUUCUGCAAUACUGACUAAAACUAACAGAAUCUAUAGAAUCUUCAAAGCAGGGAAAAGAACAACAAAACGUCCUAAAUUUAUUAGCCCUAAAUCACAACUUGUGAUUUGUGGGUCAUUGGUUGCAGUUCAAAAUGCAGUGGGUAUAGUUUGGGUACUGCUACGGCCACCAAAAGUUAUAUCGUAUUAUGCCAAUAGAGACGAUCAUCAGUUAGUUUGCAAUGACGCCGUGGAGGCGUGGUAUAUGGUGGGAUUUACCUAUCCAAUAUUUUUAAUUAUUGUUUGUACUUUCUUUGCAUUUUUGACACGUAACAUUCCUGAAGCAUUUAACGAAUCAAAACAUAUAGGAUUGACUAUGUAUACAACUUGUAUUAUAUGGUUAGCAUUUGUGCCAAUUUUUUUUAGUACUGCAGACGAAAUAGACAUCAGAAUAGCCACCAUGUCGUUUGCUAUAAGCCUUAGUGCAACCGUAGCUUUAGCAUGUAUGUUCGCGCCAAAAUCAUACAUCAUUAUAUUUCAUUCAGAAAGAAACGUCCGACAAUCUUUAAUGGCAGCCAAGCCGGUAAUGUCCGGCCCUGUAGUACAAAAUAAUUAUAGAGCUACAAAAUGUAACAUUCGUAUAGACACAGAUUCAAAAUCAUACCAAGGUUCCGAUAUGGAAUUAACUCAUAGACUUAGAACAUCCGGUUCAUGUAAUAGCUUGUGUAGUAGAUCAACUAAUCUGACGCAAGCCAAUGGGAUCAGUAUAAGUACGCAGACACUAAACUUCCCUGUAAGACUCAAAUAUGAGAACAGGGAGCCUGAACAAGAUCAGGCUGAAGAAACAGAGCAAGAUCAGGAUGUGCAAUUAUGAGACAGAAUGAAACCCAUAAAUAUUUUUGUAUGCUUAGUUUGAUUCUUGAACUUUUUUGUCCAGCAAGUCAAUAAUAUGAGAUUGUUUUUUUUCUGCGUUAUGCAUAGUCCUGCAUCAAUGGUAGCUGUAUAUUUGUAUAAUUAACUUGGUUCAUAUGAAGACAAAAAAUGCUUUCGUCAAAGACGUUGGUAUCUUUUAUUUAACUUUGUAAAAAAAAAGCAUAAAAGAAAAAAAACCUGGCAGGUUGAUAGAAAAGAAAAAUGUAUAUAAAAGGCAAACUGUCUCAAACAAUAAAUACAAAUGGUUUAAUACGGCAAUUAAAACAAAUUUUGUGUUAUUAUUUCAACGAAAAUGCGUGUGUUUCUGGAACGGUAAAACGAUUCCCGUUUUAAAGGUUCAAUUAGUGUCGAUUAUAUUAUUGAAUAUAUAUUUGUUUGCCUAUAUGUAUCUGUAUAUUCAUAUUUCUUCAGGUAAUUCGGGUAUCGAAAGGUUAAAAGACAAAAACUUGCAGAACAUUAGAUGACUGAAAAGAAACUCCUUAUAUGUAUAUCCAACAAUAUCAGUCAUGUCAGAUUCUUAAACUAAAAACAGAAUUCCAUUUUAUGCUCAAUUAUGUAUGUUUUAUAGUAAAUAAAAUAUUCUAAUAAAAGCUUGUGUGUGUGUGGUAUUAUUUAGAAACAGUAACCAGUUGGUUAGUUUUUGUCUAAAUGACGUUCAUAAGCUUAUCUGGUUUAAGAAGUAUAUAAUUGUAUAUCUAGUGACAAGCACAAAGUAAAAAAACAAACAUUGUUAAACGAAGAAAUAUUUAAAAUGACUGUUGACGAACAAGACAAGUCAAAAAUAUCAAGACAAUUGUACGCAUAAAGAUCCAGUGGCAAAUAUUACAUGCAUAUUAUGUCGAGAAUAUUUUAAUAUUAUGAAUAUAAAUACUGAUUCGUAUUAGACCGACACGUUGCAUCUGAUCUUUGACGAUCUAGCUCACAAAGUAGCAGUCUCAAUGAUGACAUGUUCGCAAUGAUUUUAACUCUGGGCCGACAAGCUCUUACUCCUAAACCACGUGCGUAGGGGCUUAGAGGAGAUGUAUAAAGUCUUUGGUUUGAAUCUACCGUAGAUCCUCCGCGUAGGGGAGUGCGCUACCACGAAACCACUGAGGCGUUCUUUAUAUAAAUUGGAAUGUUAUAUAUACAAUAUAUGUACAUUGUCGGAAAAUAUAAAAUUUAUAUGUACGAGCUUUCGAAAUAGGACGAAAAGCGAGGCUCACCGACCUUUUCUCCUGUUUCGUAGCGAUUACAAAUUUUAUAUUUCCGACAAUGUACAUAUGUUGUUUUUAUCCUGCAAUUUACACCCGGCACUUGAAGCAUUAGUUGUUUUUAAAAAUCCAAAUCAUUGUCUCUGAUUUAUCAAAGAUAUCGACAUAGUUUAAACUCGGACAGCAAAACGGACCCUAAAAUGAAUUGUUCCGCAAAAUGAAAUAAUUUUAUCCAUAUUACCGCUUGCUCAACAUGGAAACUGGUUUACUGGAAACUUUGUAUUUACAAGAACAAAUAAAGCAAAAAUUUAUUUGUGUACCUGUUAUUUGUACAAUAGUUGGCUGAUUGCAGGAUAAAAGAUGUUACGCCAGGCAUAAAUAUCCCGUACUGAGUUUCACACUUCAAAAAAUCUAACGAUAAAACUUACGUUACAUCAAGUUACGCAAGUUUAUUUGAGUUUUCUCUUUGUUUGUGUAUGUGAAGUUAACUGUUACAUGGAAUGUGAUCUUAACUUGGUAAAGUAAAAAAAUGGGUAUAACUACUUGCAAAAAUAUGUCAGCGAUCGUUCAUCUCAAAGUAUGUAAAUUAUUUGUAAAGUAUACAUGUACAUGUAACUGUAUUCUCUCACAUUCAAACUCUGUGUUUUUCGAAUUGGAAAACAGCAAUUUAACAGCAAUAACCCAUACAAAGACACCUUUAGGACAACAUUCUCUCUUAACUGGUGAACUGGUGCACAUACCGCAUGCCAGGUGUAAAUCGCCCCGAGUAAUAGACAAUAUUACAGAAUAUUUUAACAGAGAU